AUGGCAGAAGCAAUUCUCGCUGAAAUUGUCAAGAAGUUGGGUUCCGCCCUUCUCCAAGAGGUGCGACUUGCUUGGGGCAUGAAGGAUGAAAUUGAAAAACUCAGUGACACAGUUUCCACAAUUGGAGCAGUACUUGUUGAUGCAGAGUUGCAGCAAGACACAAACAAAGAGGUUGCAGACUGGCUCGAGAAGCUCAACGAUGCAUUUUAUGAUGCUGAUGACGUGCUCGAUGACUUCUCCACCCAUGUUCUCCAACACCAGGUUACGACUCGAAACAAAAGGCUAAAGAAGGUACGCAAUUUCUUCUCAAGCUCAAAUCAGCCUAUUUUCGUCAAUAAGUUUGCUCAUGAUAUUAAGGCCAUUAGGAAGAGACUAGAUGCAAUUGCCGAAGAUAAGAAAAAGUUUCAUCUCACUGAACGAUCUCUAAAUCAGCUGCGAGUUGAGAAUACUAAGAGGGAGGAGACUCACUCUCUUGUUCAUGCAGAAAAUGUUAUUGGGAGGGAUAGUGAUAAAAUGGAAAUCAUACAACUUUUAUUGGAAAGCAACAUUCAAGAUCAAAAUGUGUCAGUUGUUUCAUUAGUUGGAAUUGGGGGACUAGGAAAGACCACACUUGCACAGUUAGUAUACAACGACGAGAGGGUCACUAAACAUUUUGAACUUAAGAUGUGGGUGUGUGUUUCUGACAUUUUUGAUGUGAAACUCAUCACAGAAAAGAUCAUAGAGUCUGCAACAGGCAAAACACCAGAAAACCUUUUGAUGGAUAAAUUGCAAGAAAAGCUUAGUGAAAAAAUUACUGGAAAGAAAUUUUUACUUGUGUUGGAUGAUGUGUGGAAUGAAAAUCGUGACAAAUGGUUAAAAUUGAUAGAUUUGAUGAUGGAUGGUUCGAGAGGAAGUAAAAUUUUACUAACUACACGGGCCGAGUUGGUUGCAAAUGUUUCAGGGACAAAUUCACUAUUUUUUGUAAAAGGCUUGUUUGAGGAGGAGUCUUGGUGUUUAUUUGAGAAAAUGGCAUUUAAACAAGAUAAAAAGUCGGUGAAUACAAUUCAAGUAACAAUCGGCAAGGAAAUUGUCCAGAAGUGUAAGGGAGUCCCUCUUGCCUUAAGGGCUAUCGGAAGCCUACUGUACAUUAAAGAUACAGAUGAUGAGUGAUUGCUUUUUAAAAAGAAUGAUUUGUCAAAAAUAGUUGAAAAAGAUGAUGCUAUUUUUCCAAUACUAAAAUUCAGUUAUGAUUACCUUCCUUCAGAGCUGAAGAGAUACUUUGCAUUCUGUUCCUUAUAUUUGAAAGAUCAAAAAAUUGAUAAACAAGAAUUAAUCCAAUUGUGGAUUGCAGAGGGACUCAUUCGGGCUGAAAAUCAAUCGUUGGAGGAAGUUGGUAAUUCAUAUUUUAUGAAUUUAUUGAGGAGGUCCCUUUUUCAAGAUGUGAUAAUAGAUAAU